AGUUACUCGCGUGAGGUUUCGUGUGGAUUUUAGACAGAAAUAGAAAAAUAGAGAUAUAGAAAUACAAUGCAGUGAAAGAGCAGAGGAGCUCAGAGGACCGAACAGCUGAUGUUUUCUGUCUGUGUGUCUGCUCGACAUGUCUGAAGAGAUCCAGCCCGCUGUCAGUGUUGUCCCUGAUGAUGAAGGGAAAGAAAAGUUCAAGAAAAGUGACCAGGUUGCUUUUUACAGGCGACAGAUUCAGGGCCCAAACCUGCAGCAUCGAGCCCUUUUGGACACCAUGGUGCUCACAGAGAAGGGGGCACGUUUUGAACUGUUGGAAACCAGCACACAGACCAAACUGCUUCUUUCUGUGUCACCUUUUAAAAACGACACUGUGAGGAUUCUCAUAGAUGAGCUGCAGCCCAUUAAACCGCGUUAUAGAGUUCCAGAUGUAAUAACGGAGGAGCCGCAGUGUGAACAGCUGAGAGUGGAGCGACAGUCGAAGGACUCUGUCACCCUGUCUUGGUCUUCAGGACGUCACCAGGUCCGUGUGUGGCAGUUCCCUUUCCGACUGGAGAUCCUGUGUGAAGACAAAGUGAUGGUUACAUUCAACUCGAAGGGAAAACUGUGGUUUGAGACGCUGCAGGAUCCGCCAGGGGCCUCAUCUCGAGAUAGCGAGCUUCAAGAGGACACGAGUUCGUUGUGGAGGGAAACUUUCAGGGAUUUUGUGGAUGUCAAAGCUAACGGUCCCAGCAGCGUUGGGUCAGACCUCUGUCUCCACGGGUUCAGUCAUGUGUACGGUUUACCGGCGCACGCUGCCGGCCUGCAGCUCAGAGACACCAGAGAUGGUGAGCCUUAUCGGCUGUAUAACCUGGACGUCUUUGCCUAUGACUUGUACAGCCGCCUCGGCCUGUACGGCUCUGUGCCGCUGCUGGUGGCCCACAAGCCCGACAGGACUUUGGGUCUAUUUUGGUUGAAUGCAUCUGAAACUUUUGUGAACAUUCAUUACAGCCCAUCUGACUGUCAGGAUGGUGACACGCCCCCAGUGAAGAGGAGGCGGGCGGAGCUACAGACUGACGUCCGCUGGCUGUCAGAGAGCGGACUGAUUGACUGCGAGGUUCUGCUCGGGCCCAGUCCACAGCAGCUGUUCAGCCAGUACGCUCAGCUCACAGGAUAUCAAGCGCUCCCCCCUCUCUUCGCUCUCGGGUACCACCAGUGCCGCUGGAACUACAGCGAUGAAGCCGAUGUGAAGGCUGUAGAUUCUGGAUUCGAUCGCCACGACAUCCCGUAUGACGUCAUCUGGCUGGACAUCGAGCACACGGACGGAAAGCGUUACUUCACCUGGGACUCCGUUUCAUUUCAACCAGCCGCCCUGCAGCGCCACCUGGAGAGGAAGAAGAGGAAGUUGGUUGUUAUAAGUGACCCCCACAUCAAGGUCGACCCUGAUUGGUCGAUGUACCGCGAGGCCAGAGACGGAGGACAUUUUGUCAAAGACAGAGAGGGACGGAUCUAUCAGGGCACGUGCUGGCCCGGUGAGUCCUCGUACAUCGAUUUCAGCAGUCCAGACACUCGGGCGUGGUACUCCAGAGAUUUCAGCCUGGAUAAAUACAAGGGAUCCACACCGUCAUUAUUUGUGUGGAAUGAUAUGAAUGAACCGUCUGUGUUCGACGGGCCGGAGCAGACCAUGCCAAAAGACGCAGUGCAUUAUGGGGGCUGGGAACACCGGGAAUUACACAACCUGUACGGCUUCUACCAGCACAUGGCCACAGUGGACGGGCUGAUAACUCGCUCAGGUGGUUCAGAGAGACCGUUCGUCCUUUCGCGCUCCUUCUUCGCCGGCUCACAGAGAUUUGGAGCGAUAUGGACCGGUGACAACGUAGCCACCUGGGAAUAUCUGAAGAUCUCGAUUCCGAUGCUUCUGUCUCUCAGCAUCACAGGCAUCGGAUUUUGUGGAGCCGAUGUCGGUGGGUUCAUUCAGGACCCGGAGCCGGAGCUGCUGGUGCGCUGGUACCAGGCAGCCGCCCUGCAGCCGUUUUUCAGAGGUCACUCUGCAAACGUGACAAAGCGCCGCGAGCCGUGGCUGUUUGGAGAAGAAGUCACCGCUGCAAUCCGGUCUGCGAUCCAACAGAGGUACUGUUUGCUGCCUUACUGGUACACUCUUUUCUAUCAGGCUCACACCUGCGGCCUGCCUCCGCUCAGACCUCUGUGGGUGGAGUUCCCGGCAGAAGAGAGCACCUUCACUGUGGACAGCCAGUAUAUGAUUGGAGGAGCGCUGCUUGCCUGUCCUGUAACUGACGCAGGUGUUCAGGAAGUCAGAGUGUUUCUCCCUGGAUCCGGUCAGGUUUGGUUUGAUGUCCGCUCUGCGACGGCGUUUAGAGGAGGACGGACUCUGAGUCUUCCCGUCACGUUGGACACAGUCAUUCCUGUCUUCCAGCGCGGCGGCUCGGUGGUCUGCAGGUCAACAGGAAGUGGCUCCUGUACGGCUGAACUCCAGCAGCUGCCGCUCUCCGUCACUGUGGCCCUCGACUCUCAGGGCAUCGCUGAUGGAGAGUUGUACCUGGACGACGGCCACUCCUUCAGCUACCGGGACAGAAAGUCCUUCUGUCUGCGCAGGUUCAGCAUGCUGUCAGGCCGUCUGCUCUGCCGUCCUGCUGCCAGUGAAGGAGCAGCGUUUGACUGUGAAACUGUCGUGCAGUCGGUCACCGUCCUCGGGCUGAAGAGCAAACCGUCCACGGUGCUCGUGCACGUGUCAGGUGAGGACACCUCCGCUGCGUUUGAGUACUCGGAGACCUGCAGCUCGCUGACGGUCGGCGGCCUGAAGCUCAGAGUGGCGACAGACUGGGACAUAAAGUUUACAGGUUAACUGUCGUGUGACGCUGAUUUUUCUCUGGGUUUCUUUUUCGUGUGAAGCUGUGAGAAUAUUUUUUUUAGCAAUAAAAAAGCGUUAAAUAAAUAAAAAUAUAAAAAAU